AUGGCAACCUGGGACCGCCUCUUGGGACUAGGCCGCCGCCGCCGCUGCGGCGGCCUAACAGCUAUGGAGAGCAGUGGUGGUUUGACCGGUUUGGCCUCGGGGAGCCUUGAAGAUCCCGGCCCAGUCCCGAGGCCUGCGAUAGACCCUCCCGUUCUCUCGACAGAAAUACCACAGUUUGCUAUCAUGAAUGAGGAACCUGCCACAAUUUGUUUCAAUGAAGAUGAUUAUUAUUGUCCUGUCUGCCAAGAUGUGUUCAAAACACCUGUCAGGAUUUCCAUUUGUCAACAUGUAUUUUGCAGGAAGUGUUUCUUAAUGGCUAUGAAAGAAGGUGGACCACACUGUCCAUUAUGUCGAGGCAUUGUAACCAGAAAAGAAAAAGCACGUCCCAACAGAGCCUUAGAUGUUGAAAAUGACAUGAAGAAGUUGGUGGGGAGUUGUAGAUGCUGUGAAAAACAGAUUAGAUUCUCUCGUAUGAGGCAGCAUUAUAAAUCAUGUAAGAGGUAUCAAGAUGAAUAUGGUGUUCCUUCUAUAAUUCCAAACUUAGACAUAUCUCAGGAUUCAACAGGAAACAGUUUUGGGAGUGAUUCUUCUACUUUGGAAAUGGGAGAAAAUUCUAAUCUACAUGUUCCUGAAGAACCUGCAAGUGAGCAGCCUACAUUCAAAUGCCCUCUAUGUCAAGAAAGUAACUUCACAAGGCAGACUCUAUUGGAUCAUUGUAAUGACAAGCAUCUUUAUCAAGUAGACCCAGCAAAUCUUCAAUUGGAUGAAGAAACUCUGUUUCAAAAUGCUGUUGAGGAAAGGUAUCAAGUGAACCUUUGAAGCUUCUAAUUUCCUUACAUCACUACUAUCUACAAAGGGGAGAGAGUCAAGUCUGGUCUGAUGUCAAUAAAAAGGAACUCUGUAUCCAAUUCAGUAGCAAUUGUUUUCCCCUAGGCAAACUUCAUUUUAAAAUACUUUAAAAACGUGUUACUACAUUGUAGUAUAAAAUAUCUAUUUUCCAACUACUAGUAGAAAUAUUUCAAAUAUCUGAAGAAAAUAUUACUGCCUUUGAAAAAAAGUUCUUUUUUAUUUAAAUUGUUUGAUUUUACAGAACUCUUUUUUAUUUGCAAUAAAAUAAAUUGUAAUAUAUUAGAAAGCAAGAAAGGGGGAUAAUUAUCCUUGUUUCAAUAGUUCUAUUUUCCUUGUAUACUUUGUAUUUUGAAGUACAGGUUAAAAGCUAAAUGGUUUUAUUAUGAUCCAUAACUUAACUUUAACUAUUGCAUGCAGGGAUUUUCUUAAUUGUUUCCCAAAGUCUCUUAAGUACAAAAGCAUUUUACUGAGCCAAAUAAAUAGAAAGGCAGAAUUCAGAUUUAGAAACUAUGACUUGGUCUAGAAAAAACUGAGAUUCUUUUCACCAACACGUCUAUCAUUAUGCUUUUCUAAAACUCUUUUUUCCCCCUAAGCAUUACUUUUAUGUGAUUAAUUUACAUUAAUUUAAGACCUGAAUAAGAUUCUUAAGGUGGCAGCACAAUUCACGUGCCAUGUUUAUUAGCGUUUUUCCUCUUUUAAAUGACACUUUGAACAGAAAUGUUAGAUGGUAAAUUUCUAAUACUUGGAAAAUGUAAUAUUACUAAGACUGUUUUUAUAUUAAGCAAGUUUAAUUUUUAAAAAAUGCUGUGUUGUCUUAGGCCAGUAUUGAGUUGAUUGUAGUGUUUAAGUUAACAAGAUAUUUUUACUAAUUGAACGUAUCCUGAAACCAAUUUCUACUUGCUUUAAAAACUAGCCAGUUAACUAUCUUCAUUGUAGCAUUAUAAUUAUGGGUAAGCAGAUUGAUCUUGUGUCACUGCAUUAUUAUUCUAUAUUUAUUAUUGCUCUAUUUAUAUUCAGGAAAUAAAAGACAAUUUUAGAAUGCAGACAAUGGAAUCUUUGCAUGCAUGCUCAUGCUCAUGAGUUGAUUAUUAUUUUUGCUUUAUUGUUAAGUAGUAAUAUAUGAAUUUGGCUUUUUCCCCCAAAACACAUUACUCCUUCAUUGAAAAAUUGUAAAGAAUGUAUUGAUUUCUAUUUACAGAAUCCUCCCACCCCACCUUCAGUUUUGUUUUGAGAAUAGCAAUAAUAUUUAACUGCACAGUUAACAACACUUUUCUUUGUUCUGAAGUUCUAUGGAAUAGAAAUACAACAGAAAUUAGUAACUAUUUUAAACACAUUUCUGGAUUUGGUUUAGGCUUCAGAUAAACCUAAGUUAAAUUAACACAUGUAGAGCAAGAGAAGGUACCAGUAGUAAACUGCAAAAAGAAGUUAUAAGACAAUAAGCCUUUCUAUGAAAUAAUCAGAGCGGUGCAUAAUAAUAAAUACUGUGAUUUCCCU